CUCCCAUUUGAAGGUUGAUUCAAUAACAAAAAGUCCCCCACGGGACGACGCUGUCCAAUAUAAAAGUCGAUUGUAUUAUCAUACAAAAAUACUUUGAUGAGAAAACAAAGAGGUAUUUUCAGGUUACUGCACGGAAACUGUUGCCAAGGAAACGUGAAGAAUGGUGUUCAACGCCGACCCUGACGUUCAACGAGGGCCCCCCGGCGUUCAACGAGGGCCCCCGGCGUUCAACGAGGAUCCCCCGGCGUUCAACGAGGAUCCCCCGGCGUUCAACGAGGAUCCCCCGGCGUUCAACGAGGAUCCCCCGGCGUUCAACGAGGAUCCCCCGGCGUUCAACGAGGAUCCCCCGGCGUUCAACGAGGAUCCCCCGGCGUUCAACGAGGAUCCCAAGGCGUUCAACGAGGAUCCCAAGGCGUUCAACGAGGAUCCCAAGGCGUUCAACGAGGAUCCCCCGGCGUUCAACGAGGGGCCCCCGGCGUUCAACGAGGGCCCCCGGCGUUCAACGAGGGCCCCCGGCGUUCAACGAGGGCCCCCGGCGUUCAACGAGGGCCCCCGGCGUUCAACGAGGGGCCCCGGCGUUCAACGAGGGCCCCCGGCGUUCAACGAGGGCCCCCGACGACGCCAUGACCAACAC